UGUAGAUAGUUGUUACGCAGAAUAAAAAAAACCGUACAAAAUGUAUCCAAUCAGUAAUCACUGUGUGCUGUAAUCAUCAACGACCUUAGGAUGAUGGCGCCGUGGUCUUGAUAAGAGACAAAAGUUAUUCUAAUUGUUUUAAUGAUCGCUUUCGAUGGACCGGACGAUAACGACGAUGCGCAAACAACAAAUUAAAACGUACAAUUAAAAAAAAAAAAAAAAAAAAAAACAAUUAUUCCGUGUAAACGCCGAACUGGCGUCGCGUCGAACUACGAUCGCGUUCUAAAGCCUCGGGAGUCAAGACAAUAACGAUUAGUGGCAAGUCGUAAAAAAAUAUUCAUUCCGUUUGACCGUAGACAGUUGUGACCGAUCGUGUACGGUUAUGGGCAACACUAGUGGCAGUCAGCGACACAAGUCGGCAGGUCUGAUCGUUCCUUCCUCGCCAACAAAAGAAGUGCAAAGUCAAGCGUUUGUGUUUGAUAAGACUUCGGAUUCCAUUGGGCUACACGAUACUAAUGCGCUGUUCCCACAGAGUUCGUCUAAACCAAAUGACGAUGAGUUCACUGACGGCAUCCCGCAUUCAAUGUCGGAAAGUGACACCGAAAAUAAAAUGUUACCGACCGUGUUCAGAUGGGAAGGUGGUGGCAAACAAGUGUUUAUCAGUGGCACAUUCUCUGAAUGGAAACCUAUACCAAUGGUUCAAAGUCACAAUGAUUUUGUAACUAUAAUUGACUUGCCAGAAGGUGAACAUCAUUAUAAAUUUUGUGUUGAUGGCAAUUGGCAAUGUGAUACUAAAGUUAGCAUGAUUGAAGGUGAUCCAGGUAUAACAAAUAACAAAGUGGUAGUUAAGAAAACAGACUUUGAAGUUUUUCAAGCAUUGGAUGUUGAUUCAAUCGAUGAAAAUGGCAUUGAAAAAGGUGGAUUUUCCCAAGAUAUUCCUUCAUCGGUUCCUUGGCAGAAAGUUUCUGGACCACCAAUUUUACCACCACAUCUUCUUCAAGUGAUACUUAACAAAGACACUCCAGUUUCGUGUGAACCAACACUUUUACCAGAACCAAACCAUGUGAUGCUCAACCAUUUGUAUGCUCUUUCGAUUAAAGAUGGAGUCAUGGUGUUGAGUGCAACACACAGAUAUCGUAAAAAAUAUGUUACUACUCUACUGUACAAACCAAUCUGAACAUGAUGAAUUGGAUAAUCUCCUCUUGUUUUGUUUGGAACUGUUGGAAUAUGCAAUGUUGCCAUCCCUUGAUUUACAAGUAAGUAAAUGUCUUCUUUUGUCGUUUUUUUAUUUUCUUAAAACAAAUGAUACUUAAGUAUAAGGGUAAAAUAAGUCUGAGCAGAAGUGAUUUGCUAACCACUUGGCUACAAAAAAAAUAUUAAUUUAUUUUUUUGAUACAUAAAUUCUAUGUAAAUAUUUAAUAUUUUGUUUUAUAGAUGCUAUAAAUUGAUGUUUUAUAAAC